GGCGUGUGUGUUAGGUAAGGUUAGCUAACUGGGCUAGCCCUCAGUGCAGCAGGAGGCUGUCGGUGCUGCUGCUGGUCAAUGGUCUCUCCGUCCAGGCUCCAUCUAGUUUGGCGUCACUUUGUCAGCAGCAGGAUUAGAAAUAUGGCUUCCAAAGCACAGAUGCCGACUCCAGAGACAGCGCUGCCCGGUCGGGCUGAGAACAUCAAAGUCUCCGCCAAACAUGAUGUGAACGGAAACAGGACUGUUCCACCUUUUCCAGAGGGGACAGAGAUGGCCAUGUUUGGUAUGGGCUGUUUCUGGGGAGCGGAGGGGAAGUUUUGGAGGCAAAAAGGAGUUUAUUCUACUCAAGUGGGCUAUUCUGGGGGUUACACACCUAACCCCACCUACAAGGAAGUUUGCACAGGCAAGACGGGCCACACAGAGGUGGUCCGAGUUGUUUUCCAUCCAGAGCAGAUCAGCUUUGCCGGUCUCCUCAAAGUCUUUUGGGAAAGCCACAAUCCAACCCAAGGGAUGCGUCAGGGGAACGAUAUUGGGACGUCAUACCGCUCUGCCAUCUACACCUACACAAAGGAGCAGCUUGAGGAAGCUUUGGCCUCCAAAGAGCAAUACCAGAAGGUACUAACUGAGGGAGGUCACGGUUCCAUCACCACAGAAAUUGCUGAAGCCAAGCCGUUCUACUAUGCUGAGGACUACCACCAACAGUACCUGAGUAAAAACCCUAAUGGAUACUGCGGCCUAGGAGGGACAGGGGUUGCCUGUCCUAUAGGAAUCAAGUCGAAGGCCUAGCUAGCCAAAGCCAGCCAAGAAUUAUCUCUGAUCUGUUUGCAAGGAUGCUGCAGUGGAUUUGAUUUGAAAGAUGAUUUUUACUGAUGCAAAAAGCUUUGAGUUUAAAUUAUAAAAAGCUACUGUUUCCCAUAUUUUAUGCAAUGUUUAUCUCUAUUAUACUAUAUCUGAAGUUCUGCUCAGUUUUUGCUUUUUUAUGGUGGCAAUAUCUGCUAGAUGUCACCCACUGACACAACAACAUACCAUGAACCUCUGUGUGAAAUCUGAUAAAGGUUCUCAGUCGUCACAGCUGCCCAGUAAUAACAAACAUAUCAUAGCUGAUAAUGUAUGAAUAAAGGGGGUUGUGCUGUUGAUUACGUUUUUAAAAGGUGCAAUCCAAAAUUUACUCUGUGACACCGAACAGAUGAUGAAAUUGUGAGCAAUUUCAUGCAUCCUGUAAAGCAGAGCAUUAAAUUUUGUGUUUUUAAUGUGUGGACAGAUUGUUACACUUUCUUGGGUUUGUUUAAUCAGCUCUUAUAACUUAAACUACUUAUGGAAAAUUAUACUUCUGUUGCUUGAGUUAAAAGAAAAUAGUAUAAUAGUAUUUAGGGGCUUGUUGCUGUUGAAUGAAUACUCUUUACUUUUUGAAGUCUAAAAGAAU